AUGUCAUUCACCACCACGACAAAUAUCCUCAUUCUCGGCGGCGGGAUUUCGGGGUUGCAAACGGCGGUUUCAUUGCUGGCUUCCUCCCCCAACAAUCGAAUCCCCCAGUACAAAAUCACACUCCUAGCAAAACACCUCCCCGGUGACAAGAAUGAAAAUUAUUGUUCACCGUGGGCGGGAGCAGAUUGGAGGAGUCAUGCUUCCAAACCUUCGGCUUCUAUGACUGAGGGGCGGAAUGGAAAUGGGGAAGGAGAGAAAGAUAGAGAUAAAAGACUCAGAAAAUGGGAGGAAAGGACUUAUCGUAAAUGGAAGAGGAUGAUUACAGAUAUAGAGGAUGGGGAUGGGAAAGGGAAAGGAGCAAAAGGAAAUGAAAUGGGAAUCGGACUUACACCCUCGAUAUACUAUCUCGGAUCUACAUACCACGGGUCAGAAAUUGACGAGGCGGGAGUAUGGUUUGAGGAUGUGGUGGGAGGGUAUAGAGAAUUGGAUGUUGGACUCGAGGAGAAUAAGCUCAAGGGAUCUCUGGGAGAGGGAGUCAGAAAAGGUGUACAAUUCGAAACGGUAUGUGUGGAUGUAGAUACUUAUUUGAGGUAUUUAAUCCAAAGGAUAGAACAGCUAGGCGGGAGUAUCAUCCGCGGGGAAAUCGAAACAAAGGAAGGAUUAGAAGGUGUAGUGCGCGGAUGUAGGGAUCUGCUUGCAGGAGAGAAAAUCGAUGUACUAAUUAAUUGCACGGGACUUUCUGCAGCGCGAUUCGUGGGGGAUAAAGAAGCGGAGAAGAUGUUUCCGGUGAGAGGACAGGUUUUGUUGGUGAAAGGGGAAACGAGGGUUUGCAAGACUUUUGUGGGGGACUUGGGGGAGAGGGGAGAUGAAUUGCUUUAUGUGAUUCCGAGGCCGGGGAGUGGGAGGAGUGUGAUUGGGGGGGUUAAGGAGGCCAAUACCUGGAACGCAAACCCCGACCACGAAUUAUCAAGUAGAAUAAUCCAGAGAUUGAAAGAUAUAGGAUGGGCUGAAGAUUUGAAGAAUGAGAAAGGGGAGAUAGAGGUGUUGGAUACGUAUGUGGGGUUUAGACCUGGGAGGAAGGGGGGUGCGAGGGUUGAGAUUGAGGGGAUGGGUGGGGAAGGAGACGGUGAGUGGGAUGAGGAGAUAGAUGGUGGGAGAGAUGGAAAAGGAAAAGCAAAGAAAAUAGAAGGUGUCUAUGUCAUUCAUAAUUAUGGACAUGGGAGUGGAGGGUAUCAAUGUAGUAUUGGGUGUGCGGAAGAAGUUGUUGAGUUGGUUCGGGGGUUGGAAUGA